GUGGCAUAUUUAAAGGAUAUCCACGCUAAGCUGUUUAUCCGACCACUUCAAAAGGAUAUCACUGAAGUUGAUAUUCUGGCUCGAGUGGUGUAAGUUAAUGCAAACACUAUGACCACUGACCAUACACUCAGAACAGACAUACAAGUGCUUUACCACUCAGACACCCAAACUUACCUAGCCCCAUGGCAACUCCCCAGAUGCACCCUGAGAAACAUGUACUUAGCCUUUCAUGAUAUCUGACGACGAGGCAGAUUGGGUGCAAGAUCCUGCUGUACAGCUCAUAAUACAAUCUUCGAACAAGGACAAGGACUCAGGAGAAUCCACUCAGUCGACCGUUACCAUUGAAGAGGCCAUCAAACAACACCGAGCCAAAGUGCUAUAUCCAAAUAGUACUAAUGCUCUAUGCAUUACAGUUAGACGUGGCAGCAUUUUGGACGAUACCAUAUUUUCACUUCGUCCAGGAUUUGAUGAAAAGAAGCAUAUUAAAGUUCGUUUUUUAGGUAAGUUAGAUGAAUGCAUGUUUGUAAUUUGUAGGGGAGCCAGGUAUUGACGAAGGAGGGCCCAAAAGAGAAUUUUUUUAUGUUGUUGCUGAAUUCUAUUUCAAACAAUAGCUCACUUCUUGAAGGUUCCCCUACCCGAAGGGUGUUACGGCACAACACAAGUGCAUUCCAGGUCCCUAUUUCAGGUCUGUAGCGCA